AUGGAGAACAAGAUCAGGAUAUCCAUCGACAGAGGAGGCACUUUCACCGAUGUCCACGCUAUCGUGCCUGGGAAGCCUGACAUUGUCCUCAAGUUAUUGUCUGUUGAUCCUGGCAACUAUCAAGAUGCUCCCACAGAGGGCGUGCGCAGAGUGCUCGAAGCAACUGGCCGACCCAGUCCCCGAGGGGCUCCGCUCAGCCUAGACAGCAUAGGCUGUCUACGUAUGGGAACCACUGUGGCCACGAAUGCAUUGCUUGAGCGCAAGGGAACCAAAUCGGCGUUGUUGACCACGAAAGGCUUCAGAGACCUGUUGCGGAUCGGCAAUCAAGCUCGACCGGACAUUUUCGACCUGUCAGCGAGGAGGCCCGAUGUGCUCUUUGAGACCGUGGUGGAGGUGAAUGAGCGCAUCAUUCCGUCGCACCCCAGAUCCUCGCCAGAUGCACUGUCGCCCUACAGAUCGGUCACGGCUGUGACAGGAGAAAGAUUCCACGUCAUUGAAGAACUGGACGUGCCUCAGGUUACCGCCGAUCUGCAGCGGCUCAAAGAUCUGGGAUUCCAGUCAGUAGCGGUCGCCCUCGUCAACUCAUUCGCCUGUCCGGAGCACGAGAUCCGGAUUGGAGAGAUCGCCACUACCUUGGGCUUGUCGGUCGCUCUAUCGUCCGUCUUACAACCAAUGAUCAAAGUCGUCCCGCGAGGUAUGUCGGCCACUGCGGAUGCCUAUCUUACCCCGGUGAUUAAAUCUUAUGUCGAUUCGAUAUCUGCCAACUUCCACGGAGGUCUGGCAGGUGAGCAUGGGUGUCGAGUCGAGUUCAUGCAAUCCGACGGAGGUCUCGUCGACUUUCGCAAGUUCAGUGGGCUUAAAGCGAUCCUGUCCGGCCCUGCAGCGGGUGUGGUUGGCUAUGCCGCUACCAGCUGGGACCCGGAGGCCCGGGUGCCGAUCAUCGGUUUCGACAUGGGAGGAACCUCGACGGACGUUUCUCGUUUCGACGGUCACCUGGAACACACCUUUUCGUCCAACAUUUCGGGUGUCAGUAUCCAGGCACCGCAACUGGACAUCAACACCGUGGCGGCAGGAGGGGGUUCUAUUCUGUCGUGGCGGAAUGGUCUGUUCUUGGUCGGGCCAGAGUCUGCCUCUGCCCACCCUGGCCCGGCCUGUUACAGAAAGGGAGGUCCAUUGACGGUGACCGACGCGAACCUUUUGCUAGGUCGCUUGCUUCCAGAUUACUUUCCCAAAAUAUUCGGCCCGUCAGAAGAUCAACCUCUUGAUCAAGAAAUCACCAGGACAAAGUUCCAACAGCUUACGGAAGAGAUCAAUGCUCAGCAAAGUGCCAGAAAGUUUUCGCCCGAGGAGAUUGCGCUAGGAUUCCUCAAGGUCGCCGACGAGUCCAUGACACGCCCCAUCAGAAAUCUGACGGAAGCCCGCGGUUACGAUACCUCAUCGCAUCAUCUGGCCUGCUUCGGGGGUGCAGGAGGCCAACACGCCUGUAACGUGGCCGCUUCGUUGGGGAUUUCGCGCAUCAUUGUCCACAAGUAUUCGUCUAUCCUGUCCGCAUAUGGUCUGGCACUUGCUGAAGUGGUGCACGAGACACAAGAACCGAUGGCCGCAGAAUACAUCACUUCUCGAGAUCUGAUCGCCCAAAAAUUCCAGGCCCUGGUUGAUCGGGCUUCUGAGCAGCUCUUCGAGCAGAAGUUCACCAAGGAGCACAUCAGACACGAGCUUUUUCUCAACAUGAGGUACGAAGGAUCGGAUACAAGUCUGAUGAUAUUGAAGCCGGAUGACAGUGACUUCGCCUCGGCUUUCGUCGCGCGGCACCGCCGCGAGUUCAACUUCAGCUUUGAGCGUCCAAUCCUAGUGGACGACAUCCGCGUGCGAGCAAUUGCGUCUUCGAAAUCGGUUGUGGAAAAGAGUCCACUGCAGCAAUUGAAGGAGGCCAAACUCAAGCCUGUUGGAAAACCCGUACGGCACACCGACGUCUAUUUUGACGCCCAACAUGGUUUCAUGCAAACCCCGGUCUACCUCCUCCACGAGCUAGGAACUGAUGUCCAAGUUCACGGGCCGGCGAUCAUCAUUGACAAUACCCAAACAAUAGUGGUUGCCCCAAACGCCACCGCCAAUGUGCUUCAGACGUGCGUUCUGAUUGACCUGGCGUCUAUUCCACGUCAUAUCGAAGUCAAUGCUGCCGGACGUUUGGUAGAUCCGAUUCGACUCACGAUAUUUGGUCACCGCUUUAUGUCUGUGGCCGAGCAAAUGGGCCGCACCCUCCAAAAGACAGCCGUAUCCACCAACAUCAAGGAACGGCUCGACUUCUCCUGCGCCUUGUUCUCGCCCGAUGGCGGUCUGGUGGCCAAUGCUCCUCAUGUUCCAGUCCAUCUCGGGUCUAUGCAAUUCGCCGUCCGCUUUCAGCAUCGGCGCUGGUUGGGUAACCUUAAAGACGGCGACGUGCUGGUGUCCAAUCAUCCUAUCUCCGGGGGCACCCAUCUCCCCGAUGUGACGGUCAUUACGCCGGUUUUCAAUCCCGGCACGGACGAGAUCAUCUUUUACGUCGCCUCACGAGGACACCACGCCGACAUUGGCGGUAUUCUUCCGGGAUCCAUGCCCCCUAACUCCACUGAGUUGUGGCAAGAGGGCACCGCCAUCGAGUCCGAAAAGGUUGUGGAAAAUGGCGUCUUUAACGAGGCGCGUAUGCGCGAGCUCUUCCUGGAUCUUCCGGCUAGGUUCCCCGGUUGUUCUGGUAGCCGGAACAUUAGCGACAAUUUGUCCGAUCUGAAGGCGCAGAUAGCGGCGAACGCUCGAGGCAUUACGCUGAUCCGGGCCCUGAUCGAGGAGUACGGGCUGGACUUGGUGCAGAUGUACAUGUACGCCAUCCAGUCGACGGCGGAGCUGGCGGUCCGAAAUUUGUUGAAAGGUUUAUACCACCAAUACAGAGGCGCGCCCCUGGAAGCGCUCGACUUUAUGGACGAUGGUACGCCGAUCAAACUGAAGAUCACCAUUGAGGAGGAUGGAUCAGCCGUCUUUGACUUUACUGGCACGGGGCCUGAGGUCAAUGGUAACAUCAAUGCCCCCGAAGCCAUUACGCACUCGGCAAUCAUCUACGCCCUUAGGUGUAUGAUCAAAGCAGACGUUCCCCUGAAUCAAGGGUGCCUGGCUGCCGUCCAAGUCAAGAUUCCGAGCCCGAGUAUUUUAAGCCCUACCCGAGUGGCGGCCGUGGUGGGUGGAAACGUGACCACCAGCCAAAGAGUGACGGACGUCGUUCUCCGGGCACUGCAUGCCUGCGCAGCAUCCCAAGGCUGUCUUAACAACCUGACCUUUGGCAUCGACGAGAUCAAGGACCCUAUCAGCGGCGAGACCGUACGGGGUUUUGGCUACUACGAGACGAUUGCCGGUGGUGCCGGCGCUGGUCGCACCUGGGAGGGCGAGAGUGGUGUCCAUACACAUAUGACCAAUACACGCAUCACAGACCCGGAGAUCCUUGAGAAGAGAUAUCCCUGCAUACUCCGCAAGUUUGAGCUGAGAACAGGGUCAGGCGGACAGGGCCUUCAUUGCGGUGGAGAUGGGGCGCUCCGAGAGAUUGAGUUCUUGACACCAGUCCAAUGCUCCAUUCUAUCUGAGAGAAGAGUGCACCGGCCGUACGGCUUGGAAGGCGGUGAGUCGGGUGCGACUGGGUUGAAUUUAUGGUUGACGAAAGAUGAGUGGACAGGUCAGAAGAGGGUGGUGAACAUGGGUGGCAAAGGCAGUGUCCCAAUGAAGACAGGAGAUCGGGUGGUCAUCAUGACCCCUGGCGGAGGUGGAUGGGGGAGGAAGGAAGACAAAGUUAAGGUGAAGGUGAAUGGCGUGAAUGGCAUCCACUGA